AUGGAAGAAAAAACGAAGGAAGCAGAGGAGGAGGAUGAAAACACGCAACGGCAAGAUAAUGCUGGUGAUAUUGGUGGUAGAAUGGGCGGGGCCGCGAUCUCACCCGCUAUUGUUGCCGCCGCCAGAUAUGCGGUCAUGGUUGCGGCUGUCGUCCAGCAAAUGCGGUGUUGUAUGACCGCGGUGGUAAAUAAUCAGCUCCAGAAAUUCGAAACUGACCCGGAAAUCAGGCAGCUUAUCGGUCCAUCACAAAUAGCUUUUGCUGGAUUACCGCAUGCACCACCGGUGGAACGACGUAACGCAUUAUUGCAAAGUUGUACUGAUCGGCAACAGCCUCGUUUGCUCAUCACAUUCACACAGUUUGGUUAUAACAGUGAUUUUCCCUUAUCUUCUUGUACAGUUGGCCAAGAGGAGAUAACUUUUGAAAGCCGGUUCAUCCUAAACGGUGUCUGCGUAAUUUUACGUGGUAUCCUGAAUCGUGAAUUGAUGACAGGUUCUAGCACCUUACAGUUUGAUGAAGAAAAGGCUGCCGAAGAGGAGCUUCGUCGACAACAGGCAAUGCAGCAAUACGGUGAUCGGAUACAGGCUAUUCGACAAAGGUUUAAUUUGCCGCAAAGUUGAUUGACUGCGAAUGAAAAAAUGACCUUGUUUACUUGAAAUUUAACUGUUAUCCUUUUGCAGAUCUCCUCAGGUUUAUGCUUUUUUGUCUACGCGAUAUUAUCAUCAUAUCUAUGCUUCUUUAAUUGUCCUUAGUUAUAUAGCAAUGUUCAUUUUUUGGAUGCUGGAAUUUAUCUCAGCUGAUGAUGUAAUUAGUUUAAUUAUGUUUUUUACUGCAGAG